CCUCUUUAUCGGAGUAAACUGAGUUGUCUGACUGAUUUUAUAUCCUCAAUAUCAACCAGCUCGGUUUCGUCAUGGGUAAGGAAAAGGUUCACAUCAACAUUGUUGUCAUUGGUCAUGUCGACUCUGGAAAGUCGACUACUACCGGGCACUUGAUCUACAAGCUUGGAGGUAUUGACAAGCGUGUGAUUGAGCGUUUUGAGAAAGAAGCUGCUGAGAUGAACAAACGUUCUUUCAAGUAUGCCUGGGUGUUGGACAAGCUUAAGGCUGAGCGUGAACGUGGUAUUACCAUUGAUAUUGCCUUGUGGAAGUUUGAGACUAACAAGUACUACUGCACUGUCAUUGAUGCUCCUGGACAUCGGGAUUUUAUCAAGAACAUGAUCACUGGAACCUCUCAGGCUGAUUGUGCUGUUCUCAUUAUCGACUCCACCACUGGUGGUUUUGAAGCUGGUAUAUCCAAGGAUGGUCAGACUCGUGAGCAUGCUUUACUAGCCUUCACCCUUGGUGUCAGGCAAAUGAUCUGUUGUUGCAACAAGAUGGAUGCUACGACACCCAAGUACUCCAAGGCUAGGUAUGAUGAAAUCAUUAAGGAAGUGUCAUCCUACCUCAAGAAAGUUGGAUACAAUCCUGACAAAAUCCCAUUUGUUCCAAUUUCUGGUUUUGAGGGAGAUAACAUGAUUGAGAGGUCAACCAAUCUCGACUGGUACAAGGGUCCAACUCUUCUUGAAGCGCUUGACCAGCUUAAUGAACCAAAGAGGCCAUCAGACAAGCCUCUUCGUCUCCCACUCCAGGAUGUUUACAAGAUCGGUGGGAUUGGAACCGUGCCAGUUGGCCGUGUUGAAACUGGGGUCAUCAAGCCUGGUAUGGUUGUUACUUUUGGCCCAUCUGGUUUAACCACAGAAGUGAAGUCGGUUGAAAUGCAUCAUGAGGCACUCCUUGAGGCGUUGCCGGGUGACAAUGUUGGUUUCAAUGUGAAGAAUGUUGCUGUGAAAGAUCUUAAGCGUGGUUACGUUGCUUCAAACUCCAAGGAUGAUCCAGCAAAGGGUGCGGCAAAUUUCACUGCUCAGGUCAUUAUCAUGAACCACCCUGGCCAAAUCGGAAACGGAUAUGCACCUGUGCUCGAUUGCCACACUUCUCACAUUGCCGUUAAGUUUGCUGAGCUGUUGACCAAAAUUGACAGAAGGUCGGGUAAGGAGCUCGAGAAGGAGCCAAAGUUUUUGAAAAAUGGUGAUGCAGGUAUGGUGAAGAUGAUUCCGACCAAGCCCAUGGUGGUGGAGACGUUUGCAGAGUAUCCUCCUCUUGGACGUUUUGCUGUGAGGGAUAUGCGUCAAACUGUUGCUGUUGGCGUGAUUAAGAGCGUGGACAAGAAGGACCCAACUGGUGCCAAGAUAACUAAGGCUGCUAUCAAGAAGAAGUGAACCGGCCCUGUGAGGAAUCUGAAACUUUUUAAGUUUAUUAUUGUUUUGUUAUGUCUUUUGAGUUGGUGUGAUGGUAUGUUUUAUGGUAUUUGCUGCCAUCAUUUACCGCCAUUUCUAGGAAUGGUGGUUCUGUUGCGCUUCCGAGUUCAUACUUGGGUGCUUGACAGGCGGUGGCAGAGGCUAUGGAUCUUGGAUUGAGUCUUGAGUUAUCAACUUCUUAUAAAAACACUAUAUUUAUGGAUCCUUUUAUUUUCAUUCA